AUGAUUCACCAUGUCCUCCUCGCGUGCGUGCUGGUCCUCGCGUCUCCGCAAUUCGCGGCGGCGCGCACCACGGCAUCAGCCGUGGCGAUGGGUGACGUGGCAGAAGAGACAAAACGCGCCGCCCUAACUGUUCCACGCCACGUGUCAGCCGAACCCGUAGCCACCGCGCCGGGCCAGGCUCCGGAAUUCUCGCUGAUGCGAUCCGACGUGGCGGCCAACGCGUCGUUUGCGUACGCGGCAAUCCUGUACAUGGGCACGCCACGUGACGACGAGUAUUACGUGGCGACACGUGUCAUGCUGCAGACCGUCCGACGCACGGGCACCGUCGCGGAUCUCGUCGUGCUGGCAUCUGAAGACGUCCCUGCCACGUGGACCAAUACGCUCAAGAAGGAGGGGGUGCGGGUGGUGAGAGUGAGCAACAUCCCCAACCCCUACCGCACCACGUCCGCCUUCAACCCGCGCUUCCCCUUCGCUCUCAACAAGCUGCUCGCGUGGCGCCUGCGCGAGUACAAGCGGGUGGUUCUACUAGAUGCUGACAAUCUCGUCCUGAAGAAUAUCGACGAGCUGUUUCAGUGUGGCAGCAUGUGCGCUGUCUUCAUCAACCCCUGCAUCUUCCACACCGGGCUGGUGGUACUGAAGCCGUCAGUGAAGGUGUUUAAAGACAUGAUGCAGCAGCUGCGCUCUCUCCCGUCACACGAUGCAGCAGACCAGGGCUUCCUCAACCGCUACUUUCCCACGCUGCUCGCCUCGCCGCUCUUCGUGCCCCCCACUGACGGCUCGGCGCUCAAAGGGCAGUUCAGACUGCCCAUGGGGUACCAGAUGGACGCUAUCUUCUACAAUCUCAAGUUCAAGUGGGAGGUGCCUUGCUCCGACAACAAGAUCAUCACCUUCCCCGGGAUCGCGCACUUAAAGCCCUGGUUCUGGUGGUCCUACCCGCUCCUCGCCCUCUCCCUCCACUGGCAUGCCUGGCGCCUCUCCACCAUCGCCUACUCCUCCCACCUCCCCGCCUGCCUCUCGGCCGGCGUCUUUUGGCUCGUAGUGCUCGCGCUCAGCCACGUCAUCGCCCGGGCGGCAGCCGACCCAUCCUCGAUUCUCUACCGCCUCACCCGGUGGUGUCAGGGUUCCAGACACGUUGGCGGCCCCCCUGUUGUCUCAGGCAUAGGGGGGAGCGCAGCGGGAGGGGGAGCGGGAGCAGGAGGAGGGGGAGUAGGGUCCACUUCUCCUUACUCUCGCCUAGGGGCGCUGGGGACAGGGUUGGGAACGCCAGGAGGGGGAUCGAAUGGGGGUGUAAGUGGAGGGGGAGCAACGACAGGAGCAGGAGCAGCGGCAGCUGCUGCUGCUGCUGGGGGAGUAUCAGGUCUCCUCUCCUACCUCUCCCCCUGGUUCCUCCUCACACUCGCCCUCACGGUUCUCUCCGCAUGCGUCUCCUUCUGGCUCGUGCCGACCACAGUACACCCGUUUCUCGGCUGGUUGCUCUUCAUGUUCGGCACCUUUUCGGGUCUUUCGCUAGUUAAAGCCCUGGUUGGCGCCACAGCAGCGAUUUUCUGGCUGCUACAGUACCUGGUGGUGGCUCUUAUCGUCUUGGGUUUGCCGGUUUACUCGGCUUUGGCGUUUAAACUGUGUGCGAUGCACCUGCUUGCGUUUGGGGCGGGAGCGGUGCUGCUGGUGCAGGUGCAAGCGCUGCAGUUUGGGUUUCUCACUGGGGCUGGUUUGGCUCCAAGGCCAACUAGCUCAUCAGGAGGCCGCUCGCUUUUGGAUUAG